AUCACAAAAGCCAAGUGCGCGCGCCAAGCUAAUCCCAAAAUGUAUCGACAACAACAGAGUUGUUUUCUAAUUUAACUGCAGUAUGGGUAGUUAAAAAAUAAUGCAGCUGAACGACUACAUCAAAAGGACGCCGAAGCAAAGUCCGAUAUCCUCUACAAAUCGUCGCUUGUCAUGCAGCAUUGCUAAAUGUUCAAAGCAUUAAGAAGUGGUAACCAAAUUUACUUUUCCAAAAGGCAGUAGCUACAGACGAACUGGAGAAUGGCUCCCGUCGCCAGCUCCUCUGGAAAAUCCAAGCAUCGACGCGGCUUCGAUUUGACAGUGAGGUUCAAGCAAAAAAUAAAAAAACGUUUUCGAGAAAGAACCGUCCCUCAAAUCGAAGGAGAAGAAGGUGAGAAGGACCCGUUUCCUGGUGAAGCACCUUUAAGUGACGAGGCAAGGAAACGAUUUGCGCGAGUAAAUGAUGAGGAGUUGAUAUCGUUGAAAAGAAACAAACGUGGAAAGCUGUUACGGUUAUCGCGGAGGGUAGAGCAAGCAGUUAAAUUAUCGGCCAGGUCAGCGAUUCUGUUACCGGAAGAGACUGGACAUCUGGAAACAGACGAAGGUGAGAAAACCUAUCGGAUUUCACAGAAAAGCAUUCAGGAUGCUGUAGAUAUAACAAGCGCUGCUAAGCGCUUUACACUCGAUUUGACACAAAUGGGCCCAUAUGUAUCCUCAUAUUCUCGUGAGGGUCGGCAUCUCCUGCUCGGUGGUCGAAUGGGCCAUCUGGCCGCAUUCGACUGGCUUACGAAAAAGCUGCUUUGCGAAAUUAACGUUAGAGAAAGCGUUCAUGCUGUUCAAUGGCUUCACCAGCCAACGAUGUUUGCAGCAGCUCAAAAGAAAUGGACUUAUAUCUAUGAUACUCAAGGAAUCGAGUUGCACUGUCUAAAGGCCCUUCACAAUAUAACAUGUAUGACGUUUCUGCCUUAUCAUUUCCUCCUGGUGGCAGCCUCAGAAAGUGGUUUCAUACAUUGGGUUGACAUUUCCAUUGGAACUAUGGUGGCUCAACUGAACACAAAAUGUGGCCGUAUCCCUUUCGUUCGGCAGAACCCUGCAAGCGGUAUUGUGCUGAGUGGGCACAGCAACGGCGUAGUUCGUAUGUGGUCGCCUAACUCGCCGUUAAACGUAGCAGAGCUCCUUGCUCACCGAAGCAGUGUAACAGAUGUGGCUAUUGAUCGUACUGGGGCACACUUGAUAACAUCCGGUCUUGACAGAGCGGUUAAAAUCUGGGAUCUUCGUAUGUUACGGCCAAUGCAGUGCUACUCUAUUGGUCGUGCGCCCACGCACUUGGCGCUGUCGGACACCAAAAUGCUGGCUGUUACCCUCGGCAAUCAAAUUGAAGUGUACAAAGAUAUCAUUUCGGGAGAACCUGAAGAGCCGUAUCUUCGGCAUCAGGUGGCCGCUACUGUAAUGACGGCGCAGUUUUGCCCGUUCGAAGAUGUGCUUGGACUCGCGCACGGUAAUGGAUUCGAUUCAAUUCUUGUGCCUGGUUCAGGUGAAGCCAACUUUGAUUCAUACGAGGUGAACCCUCUAAUGACAUCAAAGCAAAGGCGAGAAGCCGAAGUGAAGAUGCUUCUAAACAAAAUUCAGCCAGACAUGAUUUGUCUUCACCCUGACGAGAUGAUAUCGCAUGUUGAUGUAGACCGGUUUCAACAGAAACGCCAGUUCGGUCGUAGGAAUCUAUUGGAGGAAGCCCAGAAGCGAAUUGGCGGCCAACAUCAUGGAAAACAAAAAACGAAAAGCUAGAAAAUAUUUUAGAGAAACGACAAAGGCGAAGAUUAAUUCUAGCUAAUGUUUACUUCGUUAUAUGGUAAAACUUGUUCAACUUCUAUGUUUAAUAAUGUAUCUAGUGAGUUUACAAGCGCGUGGAGUAAAUACGUGAACAGUCGUUGUUCUAUGAAGCACGCUUAACUAACAUCUAUUUUAGUGGUAUGGUAAUGGGUAAUAUUGUUGUUUUUGGGAUAGACCCUGGACGGAGAAUAUGGCAUUAAGUCUAAUAAAUUGGAUCUAAUUUAACUAG